UGUUGAAGUUCAAAUGCAUCCAAGUUUACUGUUUAGGACGUUGUGCAGAUUGAAAUCUGAAAAGGUUUGCUUGGAAGAGGUUUGAUUUCGUCUCAUGUUUACUCAUCCAAUCUGGUUCUGAGAGAAUGGGCGCAAUGGACACUGGCAACAUGGAGGGCAGGUGGCGCGAUCUGGAUUACUUGCUUUUACGGCAAGGGAACAUUGUUGGGCCUGGCUUUGAGCCAGCACCAGAGAUUCGUGAUUUCCUCCAAGAUGAUUUUAAAGUCCUCGUCAUCGGCGCCGGGGGACUAGGUUGUGAGCUGCUGAAGGAUCUGGCCCUCUCUGGGUUUGGGCAUAUUGACGUGAUUGACAUGGAUACAAUUGAUGUUUCAAACCUCAAUCGGCAAUUCCUCUUCAGGAUGCAUGAUGUUGGAAAGCCAAAAGCCACUGUAGCUGCGGAGCGGGUGAUGAAGAGAGUGAAAGGGGUAACUGUAAUUCCUCAUCACUGUCGGAUCGAAGAGAAGCCAGACGAGUUCUAUAAGGACUUCCACAUCAUUGUUCUAGGCUUGGAUUCGCUGGAGGCAAGAAGCUACAUCAACUCUGUCGUCUGCAGUUUCCUCGAAUAUGAUGCUGAUGGGACGCUUGACAUGAGCACCAUCAAGCCGAUGGUGGACGGAGGCACAGAAGGCUUCAAAGGUCACGCUCGUGUGAUCCUGCCUGGAGUGACGCCAUGCUUCCACUGUACCCUCUGGCUCUUCCCGCCCCAGACCACCUUUCCCCUCUGCACCCUGGCCGAAACCCCGCGGUCUCCUGCUCACUGCAUCGAAUAUGCACAUCUCAUCCAGUGGGGACAGGAACGAACGAGCGAGACGUUUGACGCUGAUAAUCCGGAGCACAUGAAGUGGAUGUACGAGCAGGCUUUGAAGCGUGCAGAGCAAUUCAACAUCUCGGGCGUCACCUACUCGCUGACGCAAGGGGUCGUCAAGAACAUCAUCCCCGCCAUCGCGUCCACGAACGCCAUCAUAGCGGCAUCGUGUUCCUUGGAGGCGCUCAAGAUCGCGACCAUGUGCAGCUCCGGGAUGGACAACUACAUGAUGUACGUGGGCACGCAGGGCGUUUAUACACACACAGUUUCGUACGAAAAGGACAUGUCGUGCAUCGUCUGCAGCCUUGGGGUGCCUGUUCAUGCCGAUGCAGAUUCGACCCUUGAUCAGUUCAUGAAGCAGCUUAUUGCGGACGACCGUUUCAGUGGCAAGCUGUCCAAGCCCAGCGUUUCGCACUUGGGAGAGAACCUGUACAUGGCCGCACCUCCAAUUCUAGAAGAAAUGACGCGGGAAAAUCUUAGCAAGUCUCUUGUUGAACUGCUGGGCGAGAAGGGCGGCACUGUGAAUGUGAACGACAAAAAGUUGGCCGGGGUUCUGAGAGUCCAGGUCGCCUUCUCCGACGCUGCCUCAGAGCCCAACGCAAUGGACACGGCGGGGGCUGGUUAGAGGUUACUUUUGAUUGAGUACGACACUGAAAUACUCGUCAACGAAUUUUCACUUACUAAAGUCUUGCGCGCCUGGAUCUUUAAGAGUGUUCAUUGCAAAAUUAAGGCCCUUGCAUACAGAUUGACG